AUGUCAUCACAACAGCAAACGCAGCAGCAGAUGCAACAGCAAAUUAUGAUGCAUGCUCGCCGACAGCAAAUGCAAAUGAUGGCAGCACAACAAAGAGUCACCAACGGCAACAUACCUCCACGGCAGCAACUGCAACCACAAUCGCAAACAAUGGGCUCAACAUAUGACGAUCUUCCAAUCAAUAGCCCUAGCGAUGUUGAAUUUGUUAAUGGACAUCCUACAUUCUUUGGUCAACCCCCUACCUUUUUCGGUCCUUUUGUAUCUGCCUGCCGACGCGGUCCACUCUCUAUCGUUCAAUCUACUAUAUCUCAAGAGCAACUUACACCAGCAUUCCUUCAUCAUGGCUUGGUACUUGCACUCAGUUCCGGUAAUAUUGAGGUUGCGAGUUAUCUCCUCUCUCAUGGGGCACCGAUUGUUCGCGAAACUCCGGGAAAUGUCCUAUCCGCCCCUCCGGACCAACAAAUUGGUCUCUUCGAACUCCUCGUCCGCCAUGGCUGGACCCCAAAUACCCCAGGCUUUUAUGGUGCUGUCUUACUCCCUAGAAUUGUGACCAACGUCCCUCUUCUUCGUUGGUUCCUUGACCAUGGAGCUGAUCCCAACCUUGGCACGCAACGAGACAACCGUGAUCGCCGCGGCGGACCGGACACAGAUUCAUGCAUCACCCUUGAAAGAGCUGCAGCUCAUGGUCAUGUGGAAGCUGUGCGUAUGAUUCUAAAGGCAGAUGCGCGGAUUGAGAAUGGAUUGCCAUUGCACUAUGCUGCAGGAGCAUGUCCUCCAGGUGGAAAUCCACAUGCUACACAAGUUAAACCGAGCUUGGAUUUCGAUACGAACAGAAUUCCAGUGAUGGCUCUACUGGUAGAGCAUGGGGCGGAUGUGAAUAAGAAAGAGGAAUCACGACAUAUGACACCGCAGUAUGCUAUUGUACAUGCAGUCAUGGCAGGAGCAGUCGAGCGGGUGAGGUGGUUGUUGGAACAUGGGGCAGAUCCAAAUGUUAGAGGCGCUUAUGGAAGUGCAAUCGAACGUGCACGUGCUAUUGGAAAUGAAGAUAUGAUCAGUGUGAUUGAAGGUUUUGUUGAGCGAAGUUAG